AUGUCGAUGAAGUUGGGCGGUCGGAGCGAGGAGGUGCAUGCACCCUUGGACUCGCCGCAUUUGCUGGCCAUCGAAGAUGAAGAUGAAGCCAUCUUCAAGGUUACCGCAAAGAAGGCGCUGCCAAUUCUGCCCGGCGACCCCCCGACCGAGCGCGGCUCCACAACACGGGACCUGCAGGCCAUUAUGGAGCCGAAAUCCGUGACCCAGGAGCUGCGUGUCAUCGGCAUCGUCUCCAAAACCCCCGUGUCCACGGACGAUUGCAGUGUCGAAGUCAAGCUCUCAGACGACGUGAGCCUCAUCAUCGUCGGUGAUGGGCCCGAAGCAGUAGAGCUGCUUCGGAAGAGGCGGCGUGAAGGUGGCCGCGCUUGCCUGCUCUGGACGCAUCGCCCGCCGGGCAAGGCUGACGUGAGGAGGGCUGGCAACAAGGACCUGGAUGCCGCCAAGCUGGAGGUGAGCACGUUUGUGUGGAAGCCUCCAUCUUUGGAGUCGAGUCAUCCUGAGGUGGUGCGCAUGCAGAAGGAGAAUCGCUGCUGGACCAGUUGCGUGCAGCGCUCGGGUCCGGAUAUCGUGGAGCUCAAGCCCACGGAGUGUUACAACCUCACCAGGGAUUCCGCGGAUCGCGAGAACGGCGUGGAAGUCUGGGACGUGGAGAGGAUGGAGCAGGUCUGGGCCCUGACGGGCGCGGUGGUGCUGUGCGGCCCAGAGCUCCAGGGGCUCAGCCAGGUGCAUUGUGAGUCCAUGAGCAGGGUCAAUUCCCUGGAUGUCUCGGUGCACUUUGAGGACGCGAAGCCUUUGGCCACCACCGUGACCUGGAAAGUGGCGCUGGGCAUCGUGUACAGUUUCCUACACAUGCUCCUGUAUUGCUGGGUUAUGGGCACCUACGAGCCCUCUGCCAGCCAGGAGACGCUGCCCAUUUGGCGGCUCAGCUUCUCCUUGGGCGUGCUGCCCUUCGGAGCCUUCAUGUACCCCAUCUACUGGGGCACGACGCUUUCAGGAGAACGCUUCUCGUGCUUCGGUCAGAUGGUCGCCGGGGUCAUUGCAGUCGCGCUCUUCAGCAUUUUUGCGUUGCACCCUUCAUUGGUCACUGCACAUGAUGAUGCUUCGUUGCGCACUCGCCCGGUCUUUGUGAUCUGCUGUGAAGGUGCCAUCUUCUACAUCCUUGUGGCCUUUCUCCAGCAGAGGUGCACGUCGUCUGGGAAGAUCAGCGACCACCCGGACGGCACCAAGCCAGAGAAAAUGGAGUGGGUCCACCACGCCUUCUGGUUCGGGGCUCACGUCCUGACCACCUUCGGCAGCUGGAUGUGGCUGUACUGCGUCUCCCUGCUUUUCGUCUACCUGGAGAAUCACUGGCCCGUGCUUGCGGCCUGCUUCCUCACGUUUACCACGAGCUUGACGGAGAAGGUGGUCAGCAAGUUGCUGGGCGUAACCUACACGCGCAUGAUCUACCACACGCGAUGUCGCCCUGACAAGGGCUACAUCAGGGGGGACCAGCAGAGGUUCUUGGUGAUCCCGGUGGCCAUGACCCACGCCUUCUGCGAGUCAGUGCGUCUGGUGAGCCUCAUCUCGGUGGUGGCGCGGAACCCCAGCUGGACGUGGCUGCCCAACGUGCUCUUCAACGUCUUCGUGAACUUCCUCGAAAGGAGCAACCUCAUGCUCUCCUUGGCGACCAUCACGCUUCCCUGGUGUGACUUCAUGGUCCCAGGCAUGAGCAUGAUUGUGCUGCACGAUGUGAAGCUGCACAGCGGCUAUGCGCAGUACGCGGCGGUGGUGGCAAUCAUCCUUGCGAACUUGUUGCUGCACGGCACGGAGAAGCCCGUCCUCUUCAACAAGGAGUGCCUGGUGCUUUUGGGCGCCUGCGUUGUGCUCGAGAUCUGCGAGGAUAUUUUGGUCCUGCGGCUCCCUUCCAGCCUCCGCUGGCGCAAGCAGCUGCUGCCCUUCUAUGAGAGCCAGCCCUUGCUCCACCCCAGGCAGCUACUGCUCAUGGACAGCCAGGGCACGCACUGUGACCGGGUGCCCUUGCCCCUUCACGGCACACGCGCUCUGGACCUGAGCGAGCACCUGAUGCUGCUGCAGCCGCCGGUGUACUUCUCCCUGGUGCUGAUGACGCUGCUGUUGGGCGCCGGCUUCGUGCACGGGGUCUGCGAGGCGCCCAUCCCCAGGGAGCUGCGGAUCAUCGACUCCCUCCUCUGGGAGUCUCCAUUGAAGUGCGCGUGA